AUGGCUAGAAAUAAUGAUAUUGUUGACAAAGAACAAUAUGAUGAUUUCGAUAUAUCAGAAGAGAUGUACAAUGAAAUUGAACUUGAUAAUGAUAUCAUCGAUGCAUUAGAAGAAGAAGAUAAAAUUGUUGGUUUCGACUCCAACUGUUUAUCACAAAAAUUAAGUCAAUUAUCGACUUCAAAUCAACGUCAACAAAAGAAUGGACAACGAUUGGAUAAAACUUCGCGUUAUUUAUCUAAUAAGAAUGAACGUUUAAAGAAGUUAAUUAACGAAGUAUUAUCAACGGUGAUGACGACAACAACAGCAUCUUCGAUACCAGUACACAACGAAGAAGAUUUACGGCAAAUAACCAGUCUAACACAUAAAAUUAGAUCCGAGCAAAUUUUUCAAUCAUUAUGGAUAACCUAUUGGAAAUCAGGUAUGGGUCAAUUGAUAGAAAAUCAAAUAGGUCCAACAAUUUGGCCAGUGAUAGUUAAAACAAUGGCCAAACAAGCAAUUAAUGCAGGUGCAAGUGAAAAUGACGCAUGUAUGUCAUUAGUUCAUGAUCGUCUACGCCAAUUUAAUCACAAAAUACAAAAUCAUCAAACAGAAUUGGGUCUUCUUAAAAGUCGUUUGCCAAAUGAUCAUCGAGAAACAGUUUAUCAAACAAUUGAAACAUUAAUCGUACAAAAACUAGAAAAUUUACGUCAAAAAAUUGAACAUAAAAUCACAUUGGUUCAAUAUGAUUAUAAAGAUCGAGCAUUGGAACUUGAAUUUUUCCAACAAAAUCCAAGUGAUCAUUGUAUCAAAUUAUAUAAACAUCUUUAUGAUGUCAGAUAUAAACAAGAUGUUACAAGAGAAGAAGUACAAUUAGUUAAACAACGUAUCUAUCAUUAUAAUAAUUCUCCGAGAUCAAAACUACAAAUUUCACAUCCAAGAUUUAUUACUACAAUUAGUAAUCAAGAUUUUCAACAACAAUUAAAUAAUCAAUUAACAAAUGCAGUUGAACAAGCCAAAAACGACAUAUUAAAUCUUUAUGUUAAAACAGCCGAAACUCAAAUGGAACAUUAUGGGAAGCAAUACUAUGACAAAGAAUUAGACAAAAUAUUCGUUGGAAGAAAAUCGUUACCUGUUGAUCAACAAUUAACUACUAUUAUGGUUAAUCUACUUGAAGAACGUGCUGAUAAUAGAAAAGAACGUAUUAAAUAUGUGAAUCAAUUUAAAAUUCAUUGUCUUCAUUCGAACUCUAAUCAUUAA